CCCUAGCCCCGCCUCCGGCCGGCGCGCGCUCCCGGCCAGGGGAGGCGUGUGCUGCUUCUGCAGCCAGAGAGAGAGAGAGGGAGAGGGAUGGAUGUUGGAGGAGGAAUUUGGGCUUAACAAGUGAUCGCUGCUGUCUAGGAUUUUGUUUCUUUUGGGGGGGAACCUUGACUUCCUUUCCCCGUCGAGCCCUUCUGUGCUGAACUCCAGAGGAACCAGAAGUCUUGGAGGGUCUUCCCUGGGGCAACCCGUGUCCCCACCCCCGGGCUCCAGCACCAAAGACUCUGUGUCCCCUUAGCCAGGCAACAGAACUUGUUCCGUGGAUAUUCUGGAGCCUCCACCUGCCACACUGGAGUGAUUCCUUCUACCCCCAAGAUUUUUCUUCCCCUCCUCCAGCUGUUGCAGCUUGAGGGGGGAGAAAACAACCGGAAUUUUCUCUAUUUUGCAUCGCGCCUGGGAAUGGUGAAGUGGCUUCUUCUGCAUGAUUUUAGCUGAAGGAUGCUCCGCAUUUCCUUGAUUUCUAUGGAGACCUCAGAGCUGGGCUUGCCCCUGCUGACACCUCAUCUUGCACCCUCUCUACCUCCCAAGGUCUUUGCCUCUAACACUAGCUUGGCAUUGCCCCUGGGUCCAGGAAUCCUGUGAUGAGCUGAAGGGGAAAGCCUAGAGAAUCAUCCUAAUAGGCUGUGAGCAGCAGUGCCCCGACGAACUUCAAGUCACAUGUUAACAUGGGUCCAGUCAUCACAAGAAGGCAAGUGCUAAGACGUAAAGGCUUAUUUGCAUUUUAUUUAAAUCUGAUGGACUGAGCUUUGGACAAUUUCCAUGGCAGAAAAAUAUAUUCCAUUUUCUAGGCACAACUCCUGCCUGUUGGAUACUUGCUGCCUUUGAUUCUUGCAGCAGCGUCACCAACCACAUCCUAGACGUAUUUACAGACUUGAACAUCCACCCCAAAACAGGUGUUUGGGAGACCUCAUCAUUUUCUGACUUAGGUUUGAAAGUGCCAGGCUGUUUCUCUAGACCAGCCAAGCUCUGGAGAGCAACGUUGAAUCCCUAGGAAGAGAGAGCAUGGGGCGUGCUGAUUUAAAAACAGAAAAUGCAAAGUUGGACUGAAAAUAUCCUUAGUCUUCCAAGCAAUCUGCUUAAGGGUUCCAAACUUACCUUAAUUUGGUGAGAAAAGAAGCUGCCCUAUUUUUCUUUCUUCUUCUUCUUCUCCAACUGGAACCAGCCAUUUCCCCAAACCGCCACCAUGGAGGUUGCAAUGGUGAGUGCGGAGAGCUCAGGGUGCAACAGUCACAUGCCUUACGGUUAUGCAGCCCAGGCCCGGGCCCGGGAGCGGGAGAGGCUGGCUCACUCAAGGGCAGCGGCAGCUGCCGCUGUCGCGGCGGCCACAGCUGCGGUGGAAGGCAGUGGGGGGUCUGGAGGGGGCACCCACCAUCACCACCAAUCUCGGGGGGCCUGCACCUCCCAUGACCCUCAGAGCAGCCGGGGAAGUCGGAGGAGGAGGCGACAGCGGCCGGAGAAGAAGAAAGUCCACCACCGGCAGAGCAGCUUUCCCCACUGCACCGACCUGAUGCCCAGUGGCUCGGAGGAGAAGAUCCUGAGGGAUCUGAGUGAGGAGGAUGAGGACGAGGACGAGGACGAGGAGGAGGAAGAAGAAGGAAGGUUUUACUACAGCGAGGAUGACCGCGGUGACGAGUGUUCCUACACGGACUUGUUGCCCCAGGAUGAUGGGGGUGGCGGCGGCUAUAGCUCAGUCCGCUACAGCGACUGCUGUGAACGCGUGGUGAUCAACGUCUCGGGCCUGCGCUUUGAGACCCAGAUGAAAACCCUGGCCCAGUUUCCAGAGACUUUGCUGGGGGACCCUGAGAAGAGGACUCAGUAUUUUGAUCCUUUGCGAAAUGAGUACUUUUUUGACAGGAACAGGCCUAGCUUCGAUGCCAUCUUGUAUUAUUACCAGUCUGGAGGCCGCCUGAAGAGGCCAGUCAACGUCCCUUUUGAUAUCUUCACGGAGGAGGUGAAGUUCUACCAGCUGGGGGAGGAGGCCCUGCUCAAGUUUCGGGAGGAUGAGGGUUUUGUGAGGGAGGAGGAGGACAGGGCCUUGCCGGAGAAUGAAUUUAAAAAGCAGAUUUGGCUGCUUUUUGAGUACCCAGAGAGCUCCAGUCCAGCGAGGGGCAUAGCCAUCGUCUCCGUCCUGGUCAUUCUCAUCUCCAUUGUCAUCUUCUGCCUGGAAACCUUGCCAGAGUUUAGGGACGACAGGGAUCUCAUCAUGGCACUGAGCGCUGGUGGGCACAGUGGGUUGUUGAAUGACACGUCGGCCCCCCACCCUGAGACCUCAGGGCACACGAUCUUCAACGACCCCUUCUUCAUCGUGGAGACAGUUUGCAUUGUGUGGUUUUCCUUCGAGUUUGUGGUCCGCUGCUUUGCUUGUCCCAGCCAAGCACUUUUCUUCAAAAACAUCAUGAACAUCAUUGACAUCGUCUCCAUUUUGCCUUACUUCAUCACUCUGGGCACGGAUCUGGCCCAGCAGCAGCAGGGGGGUGGCAACGGGCAGCAGCAGCAGGCCAUGUCCUUUGCCAUCCUCAGGAUCAUCCGCCUGGUCCGAGUAUUCCGGAUCUUCAAACUCUCCAGGCACUCCAAAGGCCUGCAGAUCCUGGGCCACACCCUCAGAGCCAGCAUGCGGGAGCUGGGCCUUCUCAUCUUCUUCCUCUUCAUUGGGGUCAUCCUCUUUUCCAGCGCUGUGUAUUUCGCCGAGGCGGAUGAACCUACUACCCAUUUCCAAAGCAUCCCAGAUGCAUUUUGGUGGGCCGUGGUGACCAUGACAACUGUGGGCUAUGGGGACAUGAAGCCCAUCACUGUGGGGGGCAAGAUUGUAGGGUCUCUGUGUGCCAUUGCAGGUGUCUUAACCAUUGCUUUGCCAGUGCCAGUGAUUGUCUCUAACUUUAACUAUUUCUACCACAGAGAGACUGAAAAUGAGGAACAGACACAGCUGACACAAAAUGCAGUCAGUUGCCCAUACCUCUCUAAUUUGCUGAAGAAAUUUCGGAGCUCUACUUCUUCUUCCCUGGGGGACAAGUCAGAGUAUCUAGAGAUGGAAGAAGGAGUGAAGGAGUCUCUCUGUGCAAAGGAGAAGUGUCAGGGAAAGGGGGAUGACAGUGAGACAGACAAAAACAACUGUUCUAAUGCGAAGGCUGUGGAGACUGAUGUGUGAAUCUCGUUCUCCACCCACCACUGCCCCCUUCCCCCAAUCCCAGCAUCUCCAAAUAUAUUUAUGCAUAGAGAGUGCAGUUACGAAAAUGAAAUAUGCAAAUGAAUCCAAUGCAUAUAGUAGUACGCCAUUUAAUGGUUAUACAUGGCAUAAUUGUUACUAAACUUGUAUUACAUAUCAAAUAAAUGAUACAUCUUGGAGAAGAGGGAGGCUUACAUAGGAGCAAAUCUAUCUUUAUAUUUUUUAUUAGAAUGCAAGAAUUUUGCACAUUAACUGGAAGAGGUGUUACAAGUAGAGAUAGUUUGGUGGAGAGAAUGUAUGUGUGUGUGUGUGUGUGUGUGUGUACACGUGUAAUUAAAUUGUCAACGUUGUUAGUAAUUGUGCAGUGAUGGGAAAAGUUGGCAUUUUGAAGUAUUUACUAUGUAAGAACUAAUGAAUUUAAGCAGUCACUUAUCAGUGCUUUAAUAGCAUCUCAUGUCUUUGGAUUCCAUAGCUGUUGUUUUUUAAAAAUUGUAAGAGUUACUAUGUAGAAAAAAAAAGAAAGUGAAUUAUUUAAUAGAAUAUAGGUCACAAUUUUAUCUUGGAUUUAAUUAAAGUUUAUUUUUAACUGGAUAUUAACUUUUAAAAAGGCUGCAGGGGCCUUUAGAAAUUGAUUAUAUUUUAUUAUUAAUUUUGGGAAGAUGUGACAGCAAAUGCCUAACAAUAAUGGGAGAAAUUAAAUUGGAGAAAAUGUAUUAAGUUUUGUUCACAGAUAACAGGACUGGAAUUUUCUUUUUCUUUUUUUUUUUCUCCUUUGCACUAUUUUAUAUGCUGGAGAUUGAGAGAGACUUCUUACUGUGAAUGUUUACUAAUGUAACAGUUCAAUGACAAUCAUUGGAAGAAUGAUUUCUUAAUCUUAUUUUAUUGUUUUCUUUUUUCUUUGUGUGAGACGAAUGGCCACACAGAUAACAGCACAUGCUUCCCUUCUCUUUUUAAAUCUAAAUAACUGAUCUGCAAAGGGACUGUGAAGUCAAAUUUAGCAACUGAAUCUUUUGAAAUUGGUCUGUUACAAUGAUGCUUCUGAAACCAUACUAUUUUAAAUAUUCUUCUGCCUUUAAAUCCAGAAUAAUUUAACCAAAGUUAAUGCAUGCACUGAAAGAAUUUUUGAAGAAGUACGAUGCCCAGCAGCUACAGUGAUUAUGGCUUAAGAGCUUUCUAUUAAUGUGCAACAUAAAUGCUAGAUUUAUUAAAUUUAUUUGUUUGUGCAGCGAUAUAAGCACAGAAUGUGGGGAUUCACAUCAGAAUUUAAUAUUCUGUUUCCUAAAAUUGAUAUAAGAAAGAAUUGUGUCAAAACAUUUGGUUUCUACAUUAUUAUCAUUAUUAUUUUUUAUUAAAGGAAUUUAUGACACAUAUAACUCAUGACAAAGUGUCCUAGAAUGUGAAGUAACAGCUAGUGAUUGGAUUUAUACCGUUAAGUCAUAAUGAGAUAUAGGUUAGCAAACUCAGAAUACGUAGAGGCCUUAUUCUCCAAUAUGUCUUCAACUUUCAUUCUUUAUAAAAUAGUUGUUCUGAGGUUCGGGGAACAGUGCUAUAUAGGGUAUCUCAGCACAUAAUGAACUCUGACAACUGUGAACUUAAAAAAAAAAAAAAAGAGCUAGAAUAAAGCUUUUUCGAGCCUUUUAAUCCCUAGCCAUCAUUUGAUAAUAAUUCAGAUCUUGCCUCUCCUUUGAAUAUGGUUAAAAUUCAAAGUAAAGUCAAUGUUACGUUUCAAGCCAAAGCUACUCCCUUCUCUUCACCCUUUUCCCCACCACUUUAGAGAAACACCUCUCAGGAACACUUUUUGGAGAAUGAAAAACAGGAAGGGGGUGGAGGGAGGUCAAUUGAAUGUGCAAACCAGAAAUUUCAGUAAUGAGGACAGAAAAAGAAAAUGUCAUCUUGCAACAAGACCUCAAAGGUGACAUUUUAAUAUAUUUUGGAUUUAAAGUAAAAAAAAUGUAAUGAGCAUUAGACUAGGGGUAACACUAUUUGGGUUGGUCACCAUUCAUUUGGGAAUGUCACUCUGUUAAUCUCUGUACCCCAGUUUCCUCAUUAGUUAAACAAAAGAGGGCACAUAAAGCAUUUGUUACAUCACAGAGUUGUUAGGAAAGCCAGUGAGAACAUGUGAAAAGUCUGAGAUGUUGAGUUCCUUAUAAAAGCCUGUUAUGUCUAAAUUGCUUAAUCUACCUCUGGGGAAAAAAAGGAGAUUGAGAACCCAUGAGUUACAUCAGCUUUAUUAGGGUAUUGUGAAAAUCAUGGGUAAUUUCUUUAAUUUUGAGCUCCUUACAAGAAGUUGAUUUGCAGACACAAGACAAUCUGUCAUUAAGUAAUUUGUUUCUUCUUUUGGGGGAAGAUCCAAGGCAUGUCAUGGUAUAAAAAGUUGGCUCUGUGGACAAAGGUACUGUGUAUCUUUGGCUGUACCCAACUAGGUCAGAUUAUAUCUUAAAAUAGUUUAAAUGCUCUCCAGCAUUGGAUGUUUACUGAACAUUCUAUAAUAGCAGUAGCAAUGACUUGGCUAUGUUAGGAAGGGAAAAAGUAUUGUAUUUCAUUAUUUCUACAAUAUCUCCUUUUUAAAUCUGAAAAGUUACAUUAAAUUUAAUUGCCAUAUAUUAACAUUGGUAAUUAUGAGAAUUCAGAAAAUAUAGUUGUUUUGGGACCCUGAGGUUUUCCUUUAUCUUAUGUGGGUUUUCUUAUGGGUAAAAGUGUCAAGAAGUGUGACAGUCAAGGGCUUCCAAAUUAAACAUGAUUAGGUUAUCGCUAAAUGUUUGUUUCUUCCUGCAAGAUGCAUUUAUUUUAGGAUGUCUGGAUCUUGAUUCCACACCGAGAAGGAAGCGUUUAACCCCUUAAGUCUUGUAUAGGAGCACUUCUUUAUAGAAUACUUCUAUAGAGAAUGCGUUAAGUUAUAUUCCUCAGUGCAGCUGUGGAUUUGUAGCAGUUUUCCAAGUCUUAGCUAGGCAAAGUGCUUUAGUAUCAUUUGUGAAUGUUUUACACUGAGAAAUAUGCUUCCAGGAGCUAUUUGUAAUUGAUUUAGGAAACUGAUCUUCUUCAAGGCCACUGCACACAUUUGGUUGUAAGAUAAAGGAGAAAUGACCCCAUUUAGAGAUUUGAAUUCUUGGGAUCUUAGUUGCUUUGCAGAUGAUAAUAAAUGUUACCAACUUACAAUAUUUGAGGGUCAUCCUAAUCAGAGUCUUUUCAAGGGUAGAUGCAUUGUUCUCUUUUGCAAAUGCUUGAAAAGGAAACAGUUAUGCAUAACAGUUAUGGAGGAGAGAGAAGGGCUAAAUAUUCCUUUGAAUUUCUGUGAAAAGGGAACUAGUGGAUACCAGGGGUGUGACAGCUGUUCUAGGGGUCCAGAGCUGACUUGUUGACUGUAGGCACAUCGUUUCCUCUCCUUGAUUCUAGAUUUUUGUUUUUAAGCACAUAAUCAGGUUAUUGAGCUAUAUUGUCACUUGAUUCCUUCCAGCACAAACAUUCUGGGGAGUUGAAGGAAAUACUAGGUUAGUUUGGUAUUUUUUCAACUCAUGUUUUACCCCUCAACUCAUACCAGCCUUGAUUUUAUAGUUAAGUAGUAAGAACAAAAUAGCUUUAAAAUCUGUUAGGUUAAAUGCAGAAUCAGGAGUUUGAGAUUGAGCUUUUAGAUUGUAAACUGAACUGAAUGAAUAGGAUUAUUAUGAAGCUAUUUAUUCUUGCAACUCCUAAAGAGAAGGGAUUCGCUUAAUAAAAAAUAACUCCUCAGUCUCCGGUUGAUUACACAUGGUGAAAGUUGGUAAGUAAACAUUUUGAUGUCUUGCUUUGUUCUAGUACAGUCUUGUCAGUAAACAGUGUUCUGACCUGUGCUAGGGAACUCAUUUUAUGCUUAGACACAUGUAGAAUUUCACAAGUUCUACUGCUUUCCUUGUCAAAUUUGCUUUAAGCAGGAUUGCUAAAGCUUUGUGAAAAUCUUUUCAUUAAGCAUGUGUUGAAAUAGAAUCCGGUAUAUGAAUAAGAAAUAUCUAAGGAAAAUAUUCUGAGUUAAGAUAUAUAUUUUUUCCCAUUUUUUAAGAAAGUCAACAUUAACCAGUGGAAAGUAGUUUGUUUUUUCUGUUGUUGUUGUUUUGUUUUGUUUUGUUUGCUUUUUAUGGCCACACUGAAUUUCCCAGGCUAGGGGUCAGAUCAGAGCUGCAGCUGCCAGUCUACACCACAGCCACAGCAA